AUAUCGAAAUGUGCAUCUGCGAUUUUUAUUUUUCGCAACCCUAAUUUAUUUUGGUAACUGGUAAGGCCUUUUAGCGGGCCUGCUCAAAAUGGGUUUCAAAUUGUAUAGCAGAAACCAAGCUGCACACCACGCUUUACAGUCGCAGUAAAUGGCAGAAGUUCAGAGAAGACCGGGAAGAGGACCGCUGCCUCCGCCGGGGAGAGGACCGCCUCUUCCUCAGGCUGCCAGGCCCGCCGCACCUCGCCCUGAACCUGUCGAUCGUGAGAAGACUUGUCCACUAUUGCUUCGAGUUUUCACCAAGGUUGGAGGCCAUCACACUGAUGAAGAUUUUGCAGUGAGGGGCAAGGAACCCAAAGAUGAGGUCCAAAUAUACACAUGGAUGGAUGCAACCUUGCGUGAAUUAACUGAUCUGGUUAAAGAGGUAGCUCCUGAAGCGAGAAGACGAGAUGCUAUGCUAUCCUUUGCUUUUGUCUAUCCUGAUAAACGUGGUCGUUUUGUUGUUAGAGAGGUGGGGAGAACAUUUUCUUACCCUAACCCAAGGCGGCCUGAUAGUGGAAGCAAGGCAUUGGGUGAUCUUAGCUUUCAGAUAGGCGAUUACUUGGAUGUGGCAAUCACCUUGACUCAGUGAUCCUUGCUGCUGUUGUGUUGCUGAACCUUAUUGUGAGCAUAACCGACCACAUUUCUGUUUUGGUAGAAUCAUAUUUAGCUCAUGUUUGUAAUAUGACCCUUGUGAGGAGCUCCAGGAAUGAUGUGAAUUCUACUUGGAAAUUGAUGAAUAGCUUUGUAGAGGACAUGGAUUCUGCUUUAUAGUAAUGCCAACAUAGAAUCUAAAUUGCUUGGCUCA